AUGAGCAGCUUAUUUCUGCAGAGGAAAUCUUCCUCAUCCAAAAGGCUCGCUCUCACUGCGAUCAACAGUCUAUUAUCUGGGAAUUCAAUUACCAGAAAUUCCGUUGUUUCUCCUAAAUUUCAGAAUUAUGUCGCCACUUCCAGAGAAAGGGCACCAGUGCCUUCAUUUGCACAUUUCUAUUCAGCUACGAGAUGUUUUCACGCGGGCCGGGCCUUGCGGGCUGAGUAUGCAGUGGCUGAUUUAUCUGAUGCGGAUGACAGGAGAUCUUCGAGUGGGGUUGCGGAUGACGGGCUUGAGAUCGCGAAGCUUGGGAUUUCGCAAGAGAUUGUCUCCACUUUGGCUCGUAAGGGUAUCACUAAACUCUUCCCUAUUCAGAGCGCUGUUCUGGAACCAGCAAUGCAGGGGCGCGACAUGAUAGGUCGAGCAAGGACUGGAACAGGAAAGACAUUAGCUUUUGGUAUUCCAAUCAUGGAUAAGAUCAUUCAGUACAAUGAGAAGCACGGGCGAGGAAGGAAUCCGUUGGCCUUAAUCUUGGCACCAACUAGAGAACUUGCACGUCAAGUGGAUAAAGAAUUCUAUGAGUCUGCUCCUGGCUUAGAUACUCUAUGUGUUUAUGGGGGUGUGCCCAUUACACGCCAAAUGAGUUCUCUUGACCAAGGCGUUGAUAUUAUUGUUGGUACCCCUGGACGAGUUAUUGAUUUGAUCAAGAGGGGUUCUUUGAAUUUAUCAGAAGUAAAGUUUACCGUUCUAGAUGAAGCUGAUCAAAUGCUUAAUGUGGGAUUUGCCGAUGAUGUUGAGACUAUCUUGGGAUACAUGACACAGAAGCAUCAGACCAUGAUGUUUUCGGCUACUAUGCCUAAAUGGAUAUUAAAACUUACGCAAAAGUUCCUAAAGAAUCCGGUUACUGUUGAUCUUGUGAGAGUGCAGAUCCCUGCUGUCUAUAUUCUUAGUUCUUAA